GCUAGCACGGUGUUGCAGGGUACCUGUUCCCAGUGAAGAUCCAGAUAAGAUGGGUGAACUGAGGAUCGUCCUGUAUGGACAGAGUGGACAGGGUAAAAGUACUCUAGGAGGCAUCAUCCUGGGCAACAGAGAAAUAUUCACUUCUAAUAAGGACUCAAAGAAGUGCCAUAAGGAAAGAAAGACCAUCACGGGUCAAGAAGUGGUUGUUGUUGACACUCCAGGUCUGUUUAAAGUAGGUGAUGAUCGAGAGGAAGUGGUGGAAGAGAUCAAGCGGUCCAUCAAACAUGCUGAACCUGGUCCUCAUGUCUUCCUGUAUGUGGAGAGGUUUAAAGAGAUCUCACAAGAGAAAUUAGACGCACUGAAGGUUUUUAAGGACACGUUUGGUAAACAGGCAGUGGACUACACUAUGGUGGUGUUCACCACUAAAAAGAAGGAAAUCAUGGAGGAAACACUGAAAUCCCUCACAAGAUUAACCGAUCAGUUCCAGCAAAGAUACUUUGUUUUUAACAUUGAAGACAUCAAACAACAAGAGUCUCAACUCGACGAGCUGCUGGAGAUUAUAAAAAAGAUGACAGAAGAACAAUGUCAACCUUUGUACACAUCUAAGAUGCUCCAGGAGGCCGAAGAAGCUCUGAAAAUACAAAAGAAAACAAAACCAAAGCCAGAAGAAGAGUGGCGCUCUUUUUAUGACAGGUGUGGUUUGAUGGGAAUGGCUGUCGGCUGUGCAGUUGGGUAUUUUAUUUGUGGUGGUGAGCUGACGCCUACAACAGGAGCUGGGGUUGGUGCUGUAGUUGGUAUGAUGCUGUUCGUGGGAAUAGCGUUUUUAGGCGUACUUGCUAAAAUAAAAGACUAAAUCUAAAAUCUAGAAAACCAUAAAGGAGAAAUCAUGGUGGUUGUAGGUUUAGUUAUUUUAGUUAAUGUUUUCAUGAUUUUACAUGAUUUUUACGCUGCAAUAGGUGUAGCCUGCUGCGUGCUUCCCAUCACGCACUGACUGUUUCUUCUUUAAUCACCAU